ACGAAUUACAGUUGCGAUAUAUGACUGCCGUGCACCACGUGACUUCCUUUCCGGUCUAACCUGACAACAUGGACGCCGCCCGCGUGCAGCCGAUCAAGCUCGCAAGAGUCACCAGAGUACUCGGAAGAACUGGUUCCCAGGGACAAUGUACACAGGUCCGUGUUGAGUUCAUGGAUGACAGCAAUCGCUCCAUCAUCAGGAACGUGAAGGGCCCAGUCAGAGAAGGAGAUGUGCUGACACUUCUAGAGUCUGAAAGAGAAGCCAGGAGGCUGCGAUAGAAGCUGAGUUGUGACUUCAUGCUGUUGAGCAGAGAACACCCAUCAGUAUCGCUUGCAGUGGCCAGCAUCUCACUUGUUCAGAUGUUUUGAAAUAAAUCUGGUUAUUAAAAUGA